CAGUCACAGUCAGACUACUCCAGACGACAGCAAACGCAUUCAAAAAGUCGACCAAAAAACAAGUACAAAAAGGUAUUGAUUGAAUUAUAAGUAUGAAGUCUUCCAUUGCAUUGGCUGUGCUUCUUGUCCCAUUGGUGGCAGCGCAAGUUCCACAUUGGGGUCCAUGUCCAGAGCCCACUGUUCAACCGGGAUUCAAUCUUAGACAGUUCAUGGGGAGAUGGUUUGAAAUUGCCAGACUGCCGGCUCAGUUUGAGAAAGGACGCUGCAUUGAGACAAAUUUCUCCAUGAAGUCUGACAGCUCCAUUCGAGUGGUCAGCUCAGAAAUAUACAAAGGGGAGAUCAAGAAAAUUGAAGGCACUGGUGUAACUGAGGACAUGAAGAACCCUGCUAAACUGGGCAUAAGCUAUUCAUAUGUCUUGCCCUACACUCCGUACUGGAUCCUCUCCACAGACUACGUGAACACAGCGCUGAUAUACUCGUGCACAGACGUCCUGCGCCUCUUCCACGUGGACUUCGCCUGGAUCAUGAGCCGAACCCGCUCCCUGCCCGAGGCCACGGUCCAAAAGGCACGAGAAACCUUUGAAAACAACAACAUCGACACCACCCGAAUGAUCAUGAGCAAGCAGCAAGGGUGCGAUAAGGAGCUCUGAGGGAACCAUGACGCGGGUGCACCACUAGAUGGCGCAAUCAUGCAGAAGUGAAUGAAGACGGAAAAGUAGGCUGUUUGUUUAUAGGCCUGUGUGUUUGUUGUUUACAAUACAUUUGCACAUGGCUGUACGGUUUAGGCUUGCAUGAUUUUAUAAACGAGCACAACAGAUUUAAAAAUCACAGUAUAUUUGACCUUG